AUGGUGCAGAUGGGCCUGUACUACAUGUACCUGUCCUACAUGUACAUAGCACAAGUACGGUACCUUACCGCAGGUGCUCAACCACGACCGAGGCCCCUGGACCUGGAAACCCGGUCAAGCUUUGGCGGCCCCACUGAACCCAAGACAUAUGCUGAAGAGCCAGUGACUUCGGAGAGGGAAAUUGCCGGCAUGGUUGCUAGCGCGAGGCACUGUCGCCGUACCAGUUCUGAGGUUGAACAAAUGGCGUCUAGUCCUAGGCCGCCGUCUCCAGCAAUGCAGAGCUCGUGGCGAGCGGGCCCGACCAACUCCUUGACUAGCUAUGAACCAUACAACCCCGGAGGGUCCCUCGAUCAUCCUCAGCACUCUGAUGGUAAAUUACGAAAGCGUGAUUUCAGCAACCGUACUCGAACGGGCUGCCUGGUUUGCCGCAGACGAAAGAAGAAAUGGGACGAACGAAAGCCAGAGUGCCACAAUUGCAUUCGUAGCGGGGUGAACUGCCCUGGUUACCCCCCGCAAGAGGGCACUUGUCGGAGGGUUCAAGUCCGGAGGACCUCGGGCAUUCCGCUAGGGCCCAAAGACUUCAGCUGUGUACCGCUGGAUCCCUACGGUACACCGCUACAGAGCACUGAAGCGAAACUGCCCGUGGAACAACAGAGGCUAGACACCUUGCCGUGGGACGGCCAAGGACACAUGGUGCGGACUAAUCCAUCUCAGGGGUGGUCGCCAGUCCAUGACGACAACAGACACACGCCAUCCACCAUCCAUGGUGCAGUUGCCCCACGCCCGAAGCUCCGUCCGCUGCUCCCCACACCAACAAACCCUCUCCCAAGCCGUGUCAGCAGUCAGGAAGUUCCACAACAGGCUGGCAUGGGUAAUUGGAAGGGCUAUGAAAAUGCUGUGGGCGCUGUGCCCUCUCAUCAAAAUGCCAUGACGAGUCACGCAACCGACAGACGCCAAACCUUGACGUCAGGCCAAGGAUCAAGACAAGAUACUGGAGACAUGGAAAUGCGUCAGCAUGAUGUCGAGAUGCGAGUUGUUCGCCGUUCAAGUUUAAACUUAGAGGUAAACCAUGGGGGCACACAAUUCUCUCAACACUCUCUCAGAACGGGCCAGGAUAACGGUUCUAUUCUGUCCGACAUGCAACUUGCCGCAGCAGGAAUAUCUAGCAGCUCAUACCCAAUGUCUUCAAUGACCGGUUCCAAACGGUGGCCAAACUUGGCUACGGCUCAUCCUCCACCAUAUGGCUCGCGCGCGACCUGCAAUGUUCACCCGGGCAAUCUGCUGCUCGGGACAAACGACGACUCCAUCUUCCAGAAGCUGGAAGAAAAUGAGUUCUCGAGCCCCGUCCCUCGCAAGCAACUUGAAGACCGGACCAUCUACCUUUCCCGCCUGAUGAAGCCCAAGGCCGGGCCACUACUGCUUUCUGAUUUUGGAGAAGCUAGGCUCGGCCCUGGUCCCCAUGCCGGCGACAUCAUGCCAAUCAUGUAUCGAGCCCCGGAGACGCUUUUGUACAUUCAAUGGGGCUAUCCGGUCGAUAUCUGGAGCGUGGGACUUACGGCGUGGGAUCUCCUUGAAGGAAAGACGCUGUUUAGCGCCCGCAAGGAGGACGGCAGCUUCUCGGACGGAGCUCACUUCGCCGAACUCAUUGCAGCACUCGGCCCACCGCCUCCAGGGCUUCUCAAUCGGCAUCGCAACAGAGCGCUCGAGUACUGGGAUGAACAUGGAAACUGGAGCGAGUUUGUGCCUAUACCGAAGGAGAGGACUCUCGAGGCAGCUGAAACCAAACUCGGGGAUAAUACCAAGUUCCUCCAGUUCAUUCGAAGAGCCCUUGCCUGGGAUCCGGACGCUCGCCCCACAGCGAAGGAACUUCUGCAAGACCCGUGGUUGAAGGACUAG